AUGAAUAAAGUUAAUCCUCAUGUGCUAUUACUUUGUUCUAUGAUUGAUAUUGGAAAUCAUCGUUUAGAAGAACUUGCAUUUAAUAGAUGUCAUUCAAUCGAUUUAACUUUCUGUUAUAUUGGAACACCAUAUCGACCAUUUAUUCGACGAUUUUGUUCUCAUGUCAUGCCACGUAUCAGCCAUCAUAUUCAAUCAUUAACAAUUAAUCUUAGUCAAAUAUCGUAUAUUAAAACUUUUGCUGAAAACAACUUUAAUGGAACUUUUCCAAAUUUGACACAUUUGAAAAUAAUGUUGGGGGUUAAACAGGCUAAAACAGGCAUACCUUAUACAAGCUCACAACUCCAUUCAUUUACAGUUACUAUAGGAAAUGUUUUGGAAGAGGAACCUAGUUUUAUUUCUAAAAUAAGAUCGAUUUCGUGUCCUAAUUUAACACAAAUGACAAUAACAAUGUAUCGUAAUUUUAAUAACUAUGAACCAUGUAUUUUCCUUCUACAACGUUUGGUAAAUGUCGAAUAUUUAACAUUAUUAUUAGCUAUAGAUGUACAAGGUACUACACCCAAUCAUUUUAUUGAUGGAUUUUUCUUAGAGAGAAAUAUUCUUUCAUAUAUGCCUCGUUUACGUCAAUUUAAUUAUCAUAUUCGUUCAAUAUUAAAAAAUGCUUCUCAUAUAACAAUUGACCAAAUUCGUCAAAGUUUUUUCAAACACCAACACCCGUUUGAUUGUGUACUCGAUAAUUUUAAUAAUAACUAUGGACAAUGUCAAAUCUAUUCAAUUCCAUUUAUUGGUACUCGUCUUGAUUUUGUCUCAAAUCGAUUUCCACUCUUUGACAUUAAUAAGACAUUUUCAAAUGUUACUAUCUUAUUACUUUUUGAUGAUAUCAAACCUUUCGAAAGUGUUUUCUUUGAACGUGUUGCUCGAGCUUUACCUCGACUUCGAACACUCGAGAUAUUUAAUCAACUUGAACAACAAGAAAAAACGACAACAGAGAAAAUUAACAUUGACUUUGCUCAUUUAACUGUACUAAUUUUAAAUGAUAUUCAUAUGGAUUAUGCUCAACAAUUUCUUUGUCAAAUUUAUCUUCCGUCUCUAAUCGAACUCGCUAUUAACAAGGAUAUUUUGUUGACAAUAAUCGAUCAAAACCAACAACAAGCAAGAGACAAUUGUUGUAGAGUAGGAACACUACUAACAUCUGAACCAUUCUAUGAAUCAAUAGAUAUUAUUGAAAACUUUUUUCCACUAGCUUACUAUGGCAAGCAUUCAAAUGAACGAAAACAAUAAAAUAAAUAAUUUAUGUAAAUGUCAAAUCUUUGUGAACUUUUCUUUUUGAAAAGUUGAUCAAAUAUAAACAUUAGAAAUAUCUUUAUUCAUUUAAAUAUAAUACACCAAUUUAAAUUAGAUUGUCUUUUAAUGAAUAAAUAGAGGAAGAAAGUAUUGGUCUGAUCGUUUAUUUUCUUGUUCAUAGUCGAAUACUUUUAGCAGGGAUCCAGAAUCUGCCGAGAAAAUAAAAAAUUUUUCCUAAUAUAAAAUUCAAUUAAAAGACGAGUUUUCUCGUUCAAGAUGUUUACUCAAAAAAACAAUGCUACUAUUCAAUAUCGUUUGGUUUAAGUAGAAGUAGAGAGUUAUUCGAAUCGAAUUUAACUCGAAUCAACGAAAAAUGGAUCGAUCCGGUCACUGAUGAACAAUUAUUAGUUAUCCCAGUAGUUAUCUACGCAUAUGGAAAUACAAUAGCAACAGAGAAAAAAUCGGAAGAGUAGCAUUACAUUAGGAACAUAAUAUAGAAAGAACAGAGAAGAAUACAAAUAGUGCACCUUCUAUCAUGAAUAGAUACACGAGAGACAGAAUGCAACAAGUAGUAAGAUGCAUGAGUAACGUAAACAAAGAUAGACGAUACUGACACUAUGAUAAAGACACUGAUGACUCUUUCAAAUGUUUAAUCAGAAGAAAAGAAAAAAGAUAUGUAGAAGCUUUUAUUGAUGUUUAUAGAACUAAGCCGAGAUUUGUUUCGAAAAUUGACAAGUUUUAUCUAUGACAGGAAAAUAUUUGUCAAAAAUUUUUUUUAGAUUCUAUUCAACUUUGAAUUUCUUCAGAUUCCAAUAAAUUUUCAAAAAUUUUCCCCAACAACCGUUGCCGCACAUGGAUAUAUUCUGUAUGUUUGACUUUUAGUAACACAAGAUAAUAAUUGAUCACUUUGAAAUGGAGUAAAUUAAUCGCUCAUGUUUUAUUGAAACAAUUAUCUAACACAUUAAAGACAAAUAUACCCACGUUCAAAAAGUUCUCGAACUUAUUUAAUUUAAAAACGGAAAGAAGGACUGUUGUGUUUUAAUUCAUUGUUGCCUGUAGUUCAUAAAGUGCUCUAUCCAAUGGCAUAAAAAACUCUUAUUCAUUGAAGCAUUUGAGUGUUUCAAUCGGAAACUUUUUGCAUCACACUAAGACCACUGAUAGACAAUAGAAUAUAUGAGCAUAGUUCAGUGAGAAGCUUUCUUGAAUGCAAAAAUCGGUCGCUAUUCAAUACUAAGAAACUUAGAAUGGUAGUUCAUGGUACGAAUGCUUCUGAUUACUAUGAACUGAUACCAGAAGUUUAUAGACAUUAAAUAGUGAUCGAUUUUCAUAUUCAAGAAGGACUACCACUGAACUAUGCUCAAAUAUUUUAUUGCCUAUCAAUGCUUUUAAUGUGGUGCAAAAAGUUUCCGGUUGAGGCUUCAAUCAUUAAGAGCUUUUUGCGCCACUGGAUAGAACACUUAACGAACUACAGGCAACAGUGAAUUGAAACACAACAGCGCUUCUUGCUGUUUUGAAAUAAAAUCAGUUGGGUGUGGGUGUGGGUGUGGGUGGGGUGUGAGUGUGGGUGUGGGUGGGUGUGGGGUGUGGGUAGGGGUGUGAGUAUUCAUUUUCUGUAUACUCACACACACACCCACACUCACACCCCACACCCAACCCACACCCAACCCACACC